CUUCUCUCCCACAUCACUCUUCUCUCUCCCAUCGAUAUCCAGAGCUGCCGAUUCCGUCUCCUAAACCCAUCAUCUUCACGGUCAUUUCUUCCCAUUAAUCAAACAUGAGUCACGAUUCCUCCAAACCUCUUAACCUCAAAGAUUUAGUAGUUGAAGAUAGUGAAGUCCGGGACAUGAUAGUUGAAGAUAGUGAAGACCGAGUUGAUUUUGUGUCUGAGACAGAAGAAGCGGAAGAAGCUGACUACAAUUCAUACGUUGAUUCUUCACCGACGGUUGAUGUUGAAUCUCUCAAGCAGGAGUAUGGCUUCGUUCCUCCCAACCGUUUUAGCCCAGAAGUGAAUAAGCGGCUUGAUGAUUUCAUUGUCACGUACAUAUUACCUGGAUGGGAUAAAAAAUCCCCAAAGUAAAGCUGUUGUCUCAUUGAUGACACCUCUAUGCAAUGUCCCCCCUAGUUGAUGUCUUCUUUCCCGAAGAAGAUCGACAAUGCUCUCCCGCUCAACAUCUGUCAAAUUCUUUUUUGGAAUGGCUGUUGUUAGAACACUUAUUGUAGUCAUUUUGCCUUUAAUUUCUUGCAGGCAUGUUGUUGUAAGAUAAAUUUAUUAAUGUAUGAUCGUUGUUGUAGGAGACUUAAUGUCUCAGGAUUUAUUUAUAAG